AUGCAGUUUUUGGAUUUGACAGCAGUAGCGUUAGUCGAUUCUUCAGUCAUCGAAAUUUGCUUGAAAGAAAAAGCUGAUAAGGCUCCGGUUACAACAUUUGCACUAGCCGACUGCAGAGAUUUAGAAGGUGAAGCCGAAAGAGUCAGUGAAAUAUUUGGAAUAAUGCUCACAGCAAACAGUACUGCGCGAUUUCAGUUAAGUAGGAGAUUUCGUGAUGAAAUUGAACAGUGCUUACCCGAUGGAUUCAAAUUUUGCUUGAAAUAA